AUGAAAAUAUCUGUUGAAGAAGUUACGAAACUUUUGAUUACUGGGGCUAUUGCUCUGAAGGGCCUUGGAGGGGUUCUAUUCAUCUUUGGAAGCUCUUUCGGAGCUUUGCUACUGCUUCUGCAUCAGUUGAUUGCUACUCCAAUUCGUUAUGAUUUUUACAAUUUCGAUAACGAGGACAAAGAAUUCACUCAGCUUUUCAUCAAAUUUACACAGAACCUGGCUGUUUUUGGAGCUCUGUUGUUUUUCAUUGGGAUGAAAAACUCCAUUCCUAGAAGGCAACCAAAGAAGGCUCCGAAAACAAAAACCUAUUAGAUGCAGCAUUGGAGGACGCUUCUUCAAAGAAAUUUCUUGGAUUGUUUCCUGGUUCUUCAUUGUGUAUCGGUUAUUCAGUUAGCCAGGUUUCAACUUGGUAUACUCUGAUUCAGAAUUAGUUUUUGUCUGAGUUUUGUAAUUUUGUUUUCACUCUUAAACUUCUCAGAGUCGAUUUCAUUAUAUUCUAGUAAUCAUGAUGUAAGGAUCUCAAUGUCUUUGGCAUUAAUAAAUGUAGUUGAAAUUCUUUGUUACUA